AAAUGGCAAGGAGGAGCCAGAAGCCAGAAACAGCAAAAGUGCGGUCAAGGAAGAUGCUGAAGCAGCCUCUCCUCUCCCCCCAACUGGGAAUCAGAUUCAAGGAUGUGCUGGUCUGGCUGACCCGCCUUUUCUCUUCUGCCUUUGGGUGCUCCAGAGACCUUGUGGAGAAGGGGCCUGCUGUGGGUCUGCUAUGGGGGAGGUCAGCCUGGCCUUGAUUCCAGCCCUGGGACUGAAGUUACGAGGGAUCUGAGAAGAGUGACAGGUGCAGCAGCAGCCCCACAGUCACCUGGUCAGUUUCCAGCAGCUCUGCAGUGUCCAAGGCUCAUGCGGUCACUCGGUUUGCGACAAAGUCAGUGGUGAACCUGGAUCUGUUUCACGACCACCCAAUUUAUGGCAGCUGCUGUGAUUAGCUGUUAACCCUUGCAAAAAAGUUUGUAAAAUAGGGCACAAUUCACUUAACAACUACCUCGCUUAACAGUGGAAAUUCCGCUCCCACUUACUGUAAGUCAAGGGCUGCCUGUUUGUGGAAGUGGUUUAAUCCUGCCAAGCAGAAGGAGCCCCCCCCCCCUUACUUGCUGGACACAAAGUCCAGCAGGGUAAUUGUGUGGAGCUCCUGCCCUUCCCUCCCUUGGGGAUUGGAGUGGCUGGCUUUUAAGAGAUGUUUUACUCCUAAGUGGGCCCGAUCCUGCCUUCUCAAAGCUCCCCCCCAGAAACACCCCCCCCCGUACGCUCUUGGCAAAGCACAGUAGGGGGAGGCUGCCCUAUUUUUACUUUAAAUGCUUCCUCCAGACCCCCUGAUGUCCAGAGUGAGUUAGCCAAGAUGCUCUUGUCUGUUGCUGAAGCGGGGAGGACAGACGCUGCCUGAGUGCCCCAGAGAUGAUCAUGGCCAGCUGGAGCUCCUGCAGGGCAGCCUGGAGCCCCUGGCCAAGGGGGAAGGAGCAGGUCUCACCUGCCCUGGAAAGGGAUUGUGCAGGCUGUGGGGGUUGUGCAGUGGCUGCCUGGAGUGGGGGCCGUAAGGUGGAGGUGUGUUUUCUCCCCACUUGUUCAGAGGAGUUCAUGAGGGGCUAAACUGGCAACAGCUGGCCCACCUUCCCCUCUCCAGAGAGGGUGCUUCCUCUAGGGCCCAGGGCUGAUGCCUGUCUCCCCCCCCUCUCUGGUCAAAGGGGGAGGGACCUGGUGGGGGGUUGCAUUGUCCCUAGACCUAAGAUACUGAACAAAUGUUUAACUGGAUACCGAAAGUCAAUAUUUGUCUGCCAGGGGGAAGAAUUUGAGGCGCAGGCGUUGCUGCUGGUUCCUGGUUAGGCUGGGGCCUCUCCCGCCCCCUUUCAGGGCCAGAGAGGGGUUGCGGCAGAGCAGUGGGGAAAAGCUGCUCAAGGAAGGAGAUGAACCCCCUCCUCCGCUUCCGGAUGGCUCUGGUGCUCUGGACGCUGCUGGCCGCCUGCCUGCCUUCUCUGUGUGCUGGACAAGACCAGGCCACUCAUAUUCCCGACACAGGCUGGGAUGAAGGUGCCCAGAGGAACACACUGCUGGUCCAUACUGUGGAUGUCCUGUCUGAAGAUGAUCGGCUACCACAGGCAGGAACAGAAUCCCAAAGGGCCAUUCAGGACCCCACAAAGUUGUCUCCCCACUUUCCAGAUGAAGCUGCUGGCCAGGGGAAGAUGGUUCCGGGUGGGUCGAAAGAGCUGGGGGGCCUCCCAAAUUCUCUUGAGGGAGAGGAGGAAGGCUGCCAGGACCAAGUCCUUUCCGAAAGCACGAGCCAGAUCGCCUUGGCCAUGAAGGCCUUAGGGGUGGACCUCCUGCGGGAGAUCGAAGUCGACGACAGUAGGGGCAACACCAUCCUCUCACCCCUCAGCAUCAGCCUGGCCCUCGCCCACCUGGCUCUAGGGGCUGCCAACCAGACCCAGAAGCACCUCCUGGAGGUUCUGCACAUGGAGUCCGUGCCCUGCCUCCACCAGGCACUGCGGGGGGUCACCCAGCACCUCCACCGGACAGCCCUCAGCAUAGCUGGCCGCCUCUUCCUGGAGAAAGGCUUCCCGAUCAAAGAGAAGUUCCUGGAGGCAUCCCAGAGAUUCUAUGGAGCAAAGCCUGCCCUGCUUUCUGGGAACAGCCAGGCUGACCUUGAGGCCAUCAACAGAUGGGUGGAAGAAGCCACCAAUGGGCAGAUCUCCACCAUGCUCACUGAGCUGCCUCCCAACAUCGUGAUGGUCCUGCUCAACGCAGUCUACUUCCGAGGGUUCUGGAAGACCAAGUUCAACCCACUUCUGACAGAGCCCAGCCUGUUCCACCUGGACGAGGAAUCUGCAGUCUCUGUGGAAAUGAUGAAGGAACGGGACUUCCCCCUCAGCUGGUUCAGAACUGAGUCCUUGGAGGCUGAGGUUGCCAAGUUUCCCUUUAAGGGCAACACCUCCUUCGUGGCCAUUGUCCCCAGCCUCCACCUGCGGAAGAACUUCUCUCAGGUUCUGUCAGAGGUUCUCCAGCUCGACCUGGAGAGGUUCCCCAAGGAGAGGUCUACCAUGGUGAAGAUGCCGAAGAUGCACUUAGAGGACCACGUGGACCUCAGUGGGGCCUUGACUCGGUUAGGUCUCGGAGAGCUCUUUUCUGCCCCAGACCUCCACCACAUCACCGAGGGGCCCUUGGUGGUCUCCAGCAUCCAGCACCGAGCCGCCCUGGAGCUGGCCGAAGCCGGAGUGCAGGCAGCAGCGGCCACCAGCGUGAUUGCCUUCCGCUCCAUCUCGGCUUUCUCCCUUGACCAGCCCUUCAUCUUCAUGAUCACGGAGGACAUCACGGGCAUCCCCCUCUUCCUGGGCACCAUCCGGAAUCCCAGCUCCGGGGCUCCCCAGGAGAAGAAGGGCCAGGACCCCCUUGAGUCAGGCAGAACUCUCAAACAAGGGGCGAAGGGGACGAAUGGACAGUCCUCGACUUACAACUGAACCCAACAUUUCCAUUGCAGACGAGGCAGGCGGAACUCCAAGAGCAGAAGGUUUCCUCCUGAGUUCAAAGGCAUUAUGGUUAAUCAACAAUCGGGGGCUUUUCCGCUGACUCUUUGGUCUUCUUCCCUGAAGGACCUGCAGGGAGUCCUCAACAUAGGAUCACAAUUGAGCCCAACGUUUCUGUUGUUAAGUGAAACAUUUGUUAAGUGACUUUUGCCCAAUUUUAUGACUUUUCUUACCACCGUUAGGAAGUGAAUCAUUGAAGUGGUUGUUAAGAGAAUCUGCCUUCCUCAUUGACUUUGCUUUUCAAAAAGAUGAUCAUAUGGCACACACACACACACACACACACACCCAGGACAAUGAAGCGGUUGUAACACACGUGUAAGUGGAUCAUAAGCUUCCUAACAAACAGGAAGCAGCAGUUGAGGCUAAGCAGAAUCACAUCAGAUACCUGUACAAUUAGCACAGGGGCCUCCCCAAGGCUGUGUGCUCUUCCCACUUCUUUCUAUAUACCAAUGACUGCGUCUCCAACGAUCCAUCUAUUAAACUACUGAAGUUCGCAGAUGACACAACAGUGAUCAUUCUCAUUCGAGAUAAUGAUGAAUCUGCAUACAGACAGGAGGUUGAACGACUCGUGGAGCAACCAAAACAAUCUGGAACUGAACACACACAAAACCGUAGAAAUGGUGGAAGACUUUCGGAGUAACCCUUCCAUACUUCCACCUCCCACAAUACUAGACAACACAGUAUCAACAGUGGAGACCUUCAAAUUUCUAGGUUCUAUCAUAUCGCAAGAUCUAAAAUGGGCACCUAACAUCAAAAACGUCAUCAAAAAAGCACAAUAAAGAAUGUUCUUUCUGCACCAACUCAGAAAGCUCAAACUGCCCAAGGAGCUACUGAUCCACUUCUACAGCGGAAUUAUUGAGUCUGUCAUCUUCACCUCUAUAACUGUCUGGUUGGUUCUGCAACCCAACAAGACACAGACACAGACUUCAGAGGAUAAUUAGAACUGCAGACAAAACAAUGGCUACCAACCUGCCUUCCCUGAAGGACCUGUAUAUGGCACGAGUCAAAAAGAGGGCUGUGAAAAUAUUUACAGACCCCUCACAUCCUGGACGUACACGAAACUCCUACCCUCAAAACAACGCUAUCGAGCACUGCACACCAGAACAACUAGACACAAGAACAGUUUUUUCCCGAAUGCCAUCACUCUGCUAAACAAAUAAUUUCCUCAACACUGUCAAACUAGUUAUUAAAUCUGGACUACUAUUAAUCUCAUCGUUCCCAUCAUCCAUGUCCUUCGGCUUAUGACUGUAUGACUGUAACUUUUUUGCUUGCAUCCUUACAAUUUAUAUUGAGUUUCCUGAUUGCUUAAUUGUACCCUAUGACUAUCAUUAAAUGUUGUACCUUAUGAUUCUUGAUGAAUGUAUUUUUUCUUUUACGUACACUGAGAGCAUAUGCACCAAGACAAAUUCCUUGUGUAUCCAAUCACACUCGGCCAAUAAAAAAAUCUAUUCUAUUCUAUUCUAUUCUAUUCUAUUCUAUUCUAUUCUAUUCUAUUCUAUUCUAUUCUAUUCUAUUCUAUUCUAUUCUAUUCUAUUCGUACAGGCCAGUUGC